UGUAAACACAGCUCUGCAAAUCGGCGAUGAAAUGAGAUGAGGAAGAGUGCUAUAUAGGCUCUUAAAUACCUGGUUUUCCACCUGAAAAGAUGCAAGCUUCAAGUUCAAAACAAAAGCCUAAGGAACCUUAUAAGGUUCUAUGUGGUGAGUGCCCAGACCAGCAGUGUAAAGCCAAACUGUACUUCCCAGCUUAUGACAGCAGCAUUGAAUGUACCAACUGUGGGCAGCGACAUGAGAAGUCUGCCAUUAACAAUGUGGUGGAAGUAACAGACCCAGAGGUGGCACUACACAACAUGCUAAAGAACGUCCUGCUGGGAAACGUCAAACCCAAAAAGGGUCCAGAAAAUGUUAAAGUUAGAGGCCUGUCAAAUUACAUAUGUAAGCUGGUCUCUCCACUGUUAGCAAGUUAUGGUAUGGACAAAGCAACAGGCAAAGCAAAACUUUUGACAGAAAUGGGACAGAGUGCUAUGUUCGACUGCAGCGUGUUGGGAGACAGAGCUUUCAUGAUAGAAGAUGAGAAUACAGAUGUGAUGGGAUAUGGCCGAGACAGAACAGGGAGCAAUCUCUAUCUGAGAGGCACCCUGGACAGUAUUGAAGAAGUCAAUGGAGGAGAGGAACGUUUGAUUCCAAUACAUGCUGAUGGUGAUGGUCAUUGCCUUGUCCAUGCUGUGUCUAGGGCUCUCGUUGGCCGAGAGCUUUUCUGGUACUCCCUUAGAGAAAACCUGCUUUCCCAUAUCAAAAACAACCUGGAUAAGUACAAGAUGUUGUUUCAAGACUUUGUUGACUCAGAUGAAUGGGAUGAUAUUAUCAGUGAAUGUCAUCCAGAUUUUGUCCCUCCUUAUGGUGAACCACUUGGACUGAGGAACAUCCAUGUGUUUGGAUUGGCAAAUGUUCUUAAGAGGCCAAUAAUCUUACUGGAUUCUAGAACUGGCAUGCAGCAGUUUGGAGACUACUCUGGGGUGUUCUUACCUGGCCUGAUCCCUGUGGAGGAGUGUAAAGGGAAGGAUGGCAUUCUACACAAACCGCUGUGUAUCGCAUGGAGCAGUUCUGGAAGAAACCAUUAUAUACCUCUUGUUGGAAUUAAAGGUAAACCUGAGCCUAAACUGCCUGCAAUGAUGCUGCAGAGGACUUGGGGUAUGCCAAUUAGUCUACUGCAGAAGUAUGUGGACCUAGACUCCAAUGGGUGCUGUGUGGUAGGGGGUUCAAAAUGUCUCCAGGAUAAAUAUAUCCUGAAACUGGUGUCUGCCAUGGAGGAAGUAUUCUAUGAGAAGUACCAGGUUCACCCGUCUCUUGUGGCAGAUGUCCAUCAGUACAUGUACAAAACAUCAGGUAUCGUUGGUGUGAAGCCCGAUGUCGUUGUUGCUGCUACUCAGAAGGCUGUAAGAGAAGGCCGUCUCUAUAGAUGUCUGACGUGUGAAGCUCUGUGUGAAUAUGAAAUGGCAGAAGAGUGGUUUCGUAAAGGUGGUAACCUCUACAAUCUGGCUGUUAAACAGCAUGGCGCUUUACAAGAGGAUAAGAGAUACUCAUUUCCCCUUCAAGGAGUAGUGUGUUCCUAUGACAAAAAGAGAGAUGUGCUUGUGCCUGAUUCAAGCAAAAGUCAGUUAACAAAGUGCUUAUUCUGUCAAGGGGAGAGUGUUCGGUUGGUGCAAGGCAGUGGCAAGAUCCAGUAUGUGAAUGGUGAUCGUACCACGGCCCGUUCCUCCUCAGGUCGCUGUGCCUGCGGCUUCAAACAUUACUGGGAAGGCAAGGAGUAUGAUAACAUACCUGAAGUGUUUCCAAUCACUCUGGAGUGGAAUGGGAAAGUGAUCAAAGAGAAAGUGUAUUGGUUUCAGUAUGAAACUGAUGUGACAAUGAAUAGCAAUGUAUUUGAAGUUGCGCAGGCAUUGGUACAGAAACACUUCCCAGGUGAGUUUGGUAGUGAGCGUCUAGUCCAGCGAGUUGUGGAUACCAUACUGAGAAAUACAGCCAAACGUGAUGCAGCUGAGACAGCGGAGGAAGGAGAUAAGGACAGUGAGAAAAUGACUGACAGUUGGAAUGCCGAGUCAUCGUCUAAAAUCAUCCUAACUGGUCAUAAGCAUAAAACAAUGCACAAAGAAGAACUAACGAUGAGUGAAGCAGAGAAAACUGUGAGAAAACAGGUUGAGAAAAAUGCUCCAAAAAGCCAACAGAAGAAAACUACUGAGUUAGCUGCCCUUGGGAAAACAGGAUUCGCCAAAGAGCAGCCCCAAAAGGGUAAUGGCAGAAACUUGAAGGGCAUCCUAAUCCAUCCAGCGUCCACCUCAUCCUCUCCCUCUCACAGCAUGUCACGGCCUAGCAACGAGAAGAAGAUACGUCUCUCCACAUCUGAUGGUCGACAGGUCAUGCUGACGUUCACCUCUGAUGUGACAUAUCAGGAGUUACAGGAGUUGGUUGAGAAAGAGACCAGCGUUCCUGUGUCAAGGCAAAGGCUACGGUUCGGGUUUCCUCCCAGAGAGCUGAAACCUAAGGAAGGGGAGACAAUCCAGGCCACAGUGCCUCUACAGCAUGGGGAUAAGGUCAUGCUGGAGAUGUUACCCGAUCAGAGUCAAACCACUAUCACAAAAGCAACAGCUGUGGAUGAUAUGGAGGCAGAAACAUCUAGUGGAGUUAGCUCCCCUAAACACGCCUGGAGUAAUUUUGACAAGACGACAUUCAGCCAGGGGUCAGAACAGUGGCUGAAAGAAUUGAAGGAUCUUCCUCAAGGAGGUGACAGUAUUGACAUGUCUAUAGCCUCAUUGGCCCUAAUGGCUGCCGUGGCAGGUAAAGACCUUUGGGCCUACGUUCAGAGUAUGCCGCACCUGUUCUCUGUAGGGGGUCUCUUCUACAAACAAGUGGACAGAGACCUUGGACUAGUGGAUGGUAAACACUGCACACUUCCGACAUUACCUGGAAAGGUGUUUCGUUUCAACUCAUCUGCUGAUCGGCUGGAGAUCUGUUUAGAGCCUCAUGGUCACUUCCCAGUAGAACCUGGGAUAGAGAAGCGUGUGUUGGCAGAGAGUAGUAUGGCUGCGUCCUCCGCCUCAGGAAGCUCCAGCCAGUCCCCAAGCUCCAGCCCCUCACACAGCAGACUUCUGACUGUUGGGGGAAGCGGGGUCGUCACUCACGGUGCUGAAGCUGCUCACAUUCCCUUCUCAGGUCAAGGUCAUUCCCUGCGCUCCAUGGGGGAUAACAGCGCCCGUAUGCCCCUCGACUUACCCGACGACUUUCAUCGCGGAUCUGUAGCGCGUAGAAUCACUAGUCUUCUGAAUCCCAACUCUCACGAGGACUUCAUACGAGAAGAGUCUGAUGAAGACACAACACCAAUGAAUGAAGAUGUUACGAAAUCCGAAACAGUCAACGACAGUAAAGAUAAUCCAGAGCAGGCUGAGAGCGUGUCUACUAGUUACAGAAAGCUUGGGCCAGGGUACUGUGUGUUGAAUCAGGAGGCUACUAACACAUCUAAUGAGAAUGUUGAACUGUUCAGGUCUCUGGCGCAGAGCAUUGAAGAAACAUUCGAUACCAGUUCUAUGGAAACUAGCAUAGAGGAGAGAAAGGAAGGAAAAGAAGCGAGUCAUGAGAAAGGGACAGAGAAACAGCUGACUGAGAAAGAUGGGAAUGAAGACACGGAUGAUAAGGCUAUGGAUGUCUCCUGAUCACUUCGUUUUCUCUUUACUUAACCCUAUAGUUUUGUUGGUCAGGCAAUAACUCUUCAGUACAAUGACGUCAUGGCAUAAAUUUGCAUUGCGGGAUUUCAAGUCGGGUAAAAAGUAGACAGUUACUUCUUUUCUUCCCUCCUUUAUUAGAAAGGAGAAACUACCCCUGCAGAGUAUUUUCCUGAAAGAUAUCGUGCUCUUUAAUAAGUUUCGUGCACAACAAAGGCAUGGAAAACAAGGCUUAAGUACAUGUACUCUAAAUGACCAUAAAAUUUGUCCAUGACUGACUUGCCCAUUUUUCCUAAUUCUGAGAGUUGUAUUGAUUUUAGAAAGUUGUUUUGAGGUUUGCUUGGAACAUGGGAUGAUAUUCUACUGGAAAAAUUGUAAUUUUAAGCUCCAAAUAUAAUAUUUUAUGACAUUUAUUUGCCUCUAAAGAUGCAGUUUUGUGGGUGAAAUUUGGGGUCAUUUAGGGUAUGUUAUGAAGUGUUUUCAGAAAUUGAUUUUUCUUCAGAAAAAUUGUUUUGAUAGACGAGAUCUUGCUGGUCUAAGAAACACCCACAUCCAGGAUAUGUCUAUUCUGCCUACUCCUUCAACCAUUUCACAGGUUGACCAGGUAUUGUUUUAAACAUACUAUAUUUCACUUAAAGUGUGCUAUGUGAAAAUGUACUUUCAGAGGGCACAGGUAUAUAAAGGCCUUGAAAUGACACUGAAUGAAAUUAAUCAUGCUUCACCAUAAACUCUGAAGUGGAACCAUGAGGUGAAUAAAUCUAUCUGAACUUGAAUCAAACAUAAUGAGAGACUUAGCAGAUGUUAAACUUUCAGUUAAAGACAGAGGAUAUUUCUCUCUCUCUCUGAACUGUAAGGUUAUUGUUUUUGUUAGGCCCAGAUGUUGACAAACCAUACAAAUAUGAAAUGAAUGAUCACAAUUAUUUAUCCAUAAGGUGGACAAAUUGCCUUCAAACUUUCCCCUCAACUCUUGAAGACUAGGGUACUGAUCAACUCUUACCACACUUCAAAUCCUAACAUGCACAGCCUUCAGAAUAAGUGAGGUUAUUGUGUCCUGGGCCUAUCAACAUAAUAGUUCUAACUUAAGCUGUUGUGUUCAUUGCUUACGUGUACACUAUGUAGAUAUAUCCUGCUCCUUACAUAAAUGUUAUUAUGUAUGAUACGAGUGUGGUAAUUAAUUUUGCCGGGUUGAUUUAAGCCCUGUUUUGUUUUACCUAAUAUGACAGGUAACUUAUAAUUUGAUAUCUUAUUGUUUGAAGUCUUUUUCAUGUAAAUAGACAUUCUUCAAGUUUCCUCUUUGUAUACUUCAUAUUGUUUGUGAUAAACCUGUUGUGGCAUUUAACUGUUGGUAAAUCAAAAUACUUGUACAUGUUGUAAAUAGCAUUUUAAGCUAGUGAGAGUCCUUAAGACCUGCACGCAGAUAAAAUCUUACCUAUGAAGUGCAGCCAAGAAGUAACUGACUGCUUUCCGGUUUAUUCCACAGAGAUUUGAAAGCUCUUUUUCUCUCUAGGAUUUAUGUUUUUUAUGAAUACAUAUCAGGAAGUUCCAAAAGCUGGGCACUUCAACGCAAAGUACCAGUGUGGUAUAUUAAACAUUAUGUAUCACCUGAAAGAUUUGGUUUUUUGGUAUUUUCAAAUUCUAUCAAGCGGAUAAUACAAUUAAAAUCACUUUAACGAUGGUAAAAUCCUAACAAAGCUUAUUUGAUUGGAGGUAGCCAUAUUUGGGGGAUUUCCCUCCUUGUCUACGUCAGUUGGGCAGUGUAGCACUCUCCAGUGAUGUAUAUUUAGGAAUUUAUGUCAGCGGAAGUUUGUCUUUUUGGCUACUUCGAUAUACAGUUAGGCUGUUGCCUCAUAAGGAUAUAAACAUGGUUGUAAAACCAUACUGGCUGUUUGCUAGGGCCCUCUUGAAAGUCAAGUAUGUCCUGGGGCCUCUGUCACAAUACUUUGUCAGUCACGUUUCUCGCAACUUCUUUCGUAAAAGACGUUGUCUAUGUUAUAGUGCCAUAAGGUGAUGUCAUUUACGAGAGAAAAGUUAUGAACAUUUGAUGUACGAAGUGAAAAUGGCCCUAGAAAGAAAAUGUACUUUCAUGCAUGUGUAUGAAAAUAACAAUGUCAGACAUUUCUGGAGUUUUGUAAGGUAUAAUAUAUCACUAAAUAAGUGAGGUUAUUCUUUUCUGGUUAAUAGCAGGUGAGUUAUUCUUAGCAUUCGUUUUAGUUUCCUCUUGUUUUAUUUGUGAGUGAUAUAAAUUACAUAUAGUAUGUUGGUUUUUGUGAUUACUAUGAAACUUGCAAAGAAAUAGCCAGAAUCCUGAUGGAAAGUUUCCUGUUCAGAAUAGUUUUCAAUGUAUUUUUCAUGCCUCAGGUCUGCAGACUAAUACAUUAAAUUGAAGUAAAUUCUGACCAUCAUGGGAAACAAUAGUGCUAAAUUUCUAAAUAUUUAAUGCAAUAAUUUUUUGUCACCUUCAUGACUUAAACAAUUAUGUGAUAAAACAGUAUAUACAAUAGACUUAAUGUACAUGAGCUUAAUUGUGGAAAAUUUAGACGUAGAUUUAGGUAUGUGAUUGCAAACUCCUUAGAAUAUAGCCUUUUUUGUAUCACAGGAUUUACAGUUUCCUUUCUUUUGAAAUCCAUGUAAGCAAGAUACUUUGUAUUGGAAUAUUAUGUUUGUGAUGAAAUGGAAUGAGGUGUGUUGGAAUUAACAGGCUGAUAUCACACAACUGCACCUGAUGAGCGUGGUUUGUACGAUUGUUCCAUUGUAAGACUUGUGUUUAAGGGAAAAUAUGAUUUUUGUCCAUUACAAGCAUUUAAGGCCUCCAGCUUGUACAUAUUAUAAAUACAAUCUAAUUUUAACAUAAAUGUUUUAAUGUGGCUUGGUGCAUUGUAAUUGAUCAGAUUAUUUAUCAUAUUUUGGACUUAGGAAGAAGGACUCUAUUUUUGUUGAUGGUGGAGUGUACAAGGUAAAGGACAGUAUAUGACUAAAAUAUUGCUUGUUUUGUGUGAAUACUGCGGAAUUUGACCUGUGGAAUAUUUCAUGCACUGUGUAUAACAUGUACAUUAGGUAAAUUUUACCUGUGAUCACAGGACUAGGUUCAUCAUUUCUUCUGUAACCUACUCAUGAGAUUAUGUGUACUACUUUGUAUUAUAUUACCUAUUCAUGUAGCUAACAUUAAAGAUUGUCCUUUGAAGGUGAUGUGUAAAAUGAACUGUAUCCUCUUGUACAUGAUUGUUCUGGACAACACUUCGGCUCAGUCAGGUCCAAGCUGUGUACUUCACUCCUAUUUCUCUACUUCUCCAUCUGUCUGAUCAAGCCAUUAGUGCAUACUGUCUGCUACAAAUAUUCAGCAUUCCAGUGGGUCAUAUCCGUGGCAUUGACAUACUUAUACAUUAUUUAAUGAUUCAGUCAACAGUCAUCUGAUUAUGUUGAUGCAAGCUGCGCAUUAAAUUGAUACCUUUAAAAUGCACAAAGAAUCAGUGUGGUAUGACUAGUACACAUCCAGUUGCAGGACCACAUGUGGGGAUAUCGGGUUAAUGUAAAACCUUGGUUGUCAAACAACAUGUACAUUGAAGGCUACAAGUAGUGUUGAAAUUAUUAUUGAUAGUUGACUCUCAAUUUAGACUGGUUUAACCGAAUUUAAAUGAGAUUGUGUAGAUACUGUAUGGAUCAGUGGAAUUAAUAGUGAUUUAGAGGAAAACAAGAAUGAAUUAGGCCCUCUUGUUUAAGUAGUCAAAGAUUUAGCAGUCAUUUUAUUUCAUACAAACCACAUUCUUGCAGGUUCCACUUAAAGCCCUGUGUUUGUUCUCUGUGUAAGCACAACUUCUAAUUCUUUCACUUUUGCAUGGAUAUAGGGUUUAGUUUAAUUACAUAGCGGCGGUACUCGAGUGUUUUAAAGUGCGGUUUGAGCUGUGCCUUAAAAUUGUUGCAAAUGCCUGAAAUCAAGCAGUUAUUGUUCUGUUUUGUUUUUUGUUGUACGUUUAAAGUACAUGAAUAAUGUAUUUUAAGAACAAAGAGUUUGUUCAGAAGUGUUGAAAAUUAUUUGAAAGUGAAAGAAAAAUUAUGCUAUACAGUGAAUUAGUAUAAGCAACAUGUACAUGUAGUAUUGGCAUAAGCACCAUAUUUAGAUUUGACUGUGAUACCUGAAAAAUAUUAUCACUUCUAAUUUGAUUAUGGAAGCCAAAUGACCCAUUAUCUUGGUUUAGUAAUGGAACUCUGUCGAUAAAUAUCUGAUCUUAUCAAUUGUGUUCUUGCUAAUGUAUUUAAGGGUUUCACACCUUCGUCUUGGUGUUUGUUGUGUAACCCGGCAUCGAUACGCGCAUUCUCGGGAUUUGACUCGGUACGAAACAAGGUUCAGGGGUAUCGGGCUACACAACUAACACCAAGACAAAGGCGUUAAAGUCUAUUCUCCCCCCCCCCCCCCUCGCCCAGACUCCUUCUGCAAAGGUCAUUUUCUAUAGUUAACCUUUAUAUAAACCAUAAAAGGAAAUCUAACAAACUCAAAUUCUUUCAUUUGUAGAAAUAAACAGCAUGGAAUGUAUUUGGGAAGGUAAACGUACCGGCCGGUGUGUUACCUGACACACUCGAUGUGGUUUGAAAGGUCAUCUCUAUAUUAAUAUGUAUAUUUGCACAGGGCUCGCAAUUAACAGGGGGAAGAAUUUGAUUUAAAUCUGACUAAAUAUCAGAUAUUUUUUUUUAUCGCCUAUUAUUGUGACAAGAAUUUGUGUAGCGGUUACUAGAAAAUAGAAAGAGUAAAACAUGUAGACAUAUUUGUCUUCAGAGUGAGUUACACUUAGGUAUGAGAUUGGUUUUACUCCAUCAAGACACAGCGUCUCUGGGUUACUGUUUACUUAACAUUGUUCGCUUGUCCACUUUGGAAUUGGGCUAAUGACUUCUAUGUACAAUCAAGAUGGAUAUCAUUUCUUGCAUAUUCGAAAGAUGUAAUGAAACCAAUAAAAACUGAUGUGCAAAAUAAAUAUGCUUUGAAACUUAAAAAUAGGC